CUAGCAGGCAAGUAAACAAAUAUCAGAAACAUUAAGUCAAAUCAUAAGUUGGUAUAUAAACAUAUAUUUAGGUAUAGAUAUAUCAAUAUAACUCAACAACAAAAAUAACAUCUACAAAAAAUUCAAGCAGAAGGUAUUUAUUAUAUAUUUUAUUAUAUAUAUAUUUGUAGGAUAUAUUUUAUAUCCAGUUUUUAUAAAAAAGAUCGAUUUCUUUGACCUUAGUGUUUUUUUAUUGUCUCACCAAAAGUAGUGAAUUUUUUAUUUGAAGGAUUUUCAUUUGCUACGCUUCAGUUUUAGCUGCGUUUAAGACUGUAUGUAUGAUUACCUUCGUUUUAAUUAUUUCCUCACCUCUACUCAUUUUCUUUUAGUACAGAAAUAAUACCUUGAAAAAUUUCCCAAGUAACCUUUAUUUAUUCUAAAAAUUAGACUGAUAAUUAUUACAACGGAUUCAAUCAUUUUUGCCUUUUUUUUUCAUUGUUAGGGAAAAAAGAUUACAACUUAAAGAGUGAUCGUUUAUUUUAUUGUUAUCAUCAAAAAAAAAGGGUUUGGUUAGUACAACCAUUUUUGAUAAAUUUUUCCUUUUUAUAUGUAUCCAUAUAAAUUUGAAUACUAGUAAUAGAUACACUUUUCUAUAUUAUUCAUACCAAUAUUCCUUAUACCCUUCUCAUAGCCAAAAAAUCCAUGUCAUCUUAUAAGCCUCACCUUAGUUUUUCAAAUAAAAAUUCCACCAAUGUAGCAUUUCCAAAAUCAGAAAUUUAUGAGACUAAGACACACGCUUUAAAUCGUAUGGAAAUGGGUUCCGUACCGAGCAAUAGGACGAGUUUAGAAACCCAGAACCAAACGAGUUUUAAUAACAAAUACCCAGCCUUCGAGCGGGGGGCGAAAAGUACGACUUUUCCUGGUACCACCGCACUGAAUUCUCCGAUGCACAGAAACGAUUUUUCCUCCUUGGCGGGCUCUUCUCAGUUAAAUACCCAAGCAGAAAAAACGGCCACCCAGCAGAUUCUACAAGGUAGUUUUAGCAAUACGCGACUGAGUGAUAUUAAUACCACAAAGGAUCUAGACGAACCCGCAUCCCCGCGCGAUCCCAUCCUGGGGACCCCCCAGACGCCGGCGGCCGUUCACAAUCCGCAGUCCGCGUUGUCCCCCCGGAUGUCCUCCCCGAACAAUCUGGGCCGCUUCGCGCCCUCGCUUUUGGUCCCCCUCGGCGGCUCCCCCUUGAGCGGACUGGGGGGGAAGAACCCCUCGAUGGCCUCGCCCGCGGCGCCCCCAACGCCUCUCAAGGAAAACAGCGCGGAAAAGUCCUCGUCGGAGAUGAUGGCGCUUAGUUCCGAGAUUUAUGUCGCCGUGCGGAUUCGGCCCGGGGGGAGUUCGGGAUCCCCGGGUCCAUCGUUCUGUCCUUCCUCCGCGCGGGUCCCGGGGCGUGGGAAGGGGUGCAGGGAGGUUCUCAAACGGGGAAGUAUUUCUUUUCGGGAUGUGCGCCUUCCCGGGCUCGACGCCGCCUUCUAUCAGAUGCCUUCCCCAAAGCCAUUUCUGACGCCUUUGGUGGCAGAGAACGUCGUGGAGUGCGUGGGGCUCGGCCGAUCCGACCCGGAUCGGCAUUUUGGCGAGAUCGAGCAGGGCGUAAUCCCCUCCAAAAGCGCCUCGAUCGUGCGAUUUACCUACCAUACCGUGUUUGAUGAAAAAAGCACCCAAACCGACAUCAUGCAUGCGAUUGGCGAGAAGGCGGUGGAUAGGGUGUUGGAGGGCUAUCAUGGUACGGUAUUAGGCUACGGGCAGAGCGGGAGCGGGAAGACCUACAGCCUCAUCGGCCCUCAGGGCGGGAAACUCUACACCCACGAUCUUUCCCAAAUUCUAAAACCGAAUUCGGCGCAUCCGUUUACCUUUGAGUCCGUCAAAGAUGGUGAAAAUAAGCCGGACGAGCGGGACUAUGAGUUUGUGGAAUCGGUCGGGAUGCUUCCGCGUAUGCUGUUCAGGCUUUUUCAGGGAUUAGAAGCAACCACACCCAUGAAUGAUAAGGAUAACGGGAAUGAUCGCGAAGGGACCUCGUGGUCCGUCUUCCUCAACGCCGUUGAGCUUUACAACGAGGAGCUUCACGAUUUAAUCCCGCACACGAUUUCAACAAACAAUUAUACGCGCCAUUCCAGAGGUGAGCGGACCCCGAAAACCCCUCCAAAGGCUGGAAGGGAAGAUGUAAAUGCCGGUUUCGUUCUCGCUCAGGCAAACCAUUGCGAGAAUAGGACCAAAAAUGAAAAAACAACUCCGCGUAGUUCGUCUUUGGGGGCGUUGGGGAGUCCUUUUGCGGGGGAGAUCUCAACACGGCAAAGCCCACAACCCACGCGAGUAAGCCUCUACGGUAACUCCAGCCUCGUCUCUUCCCCUCCCAGCCACGAUAGCGAUCGGCAGCGGGUUGAUUCCACCGUCGGCGUAAAAACAAAACGGAAAAAGGAAAAGAACGAAAAAGGAGGCGGCGAAAGAGACUUUUCCCGAUCGGAAAUGAUUUAUGUGCAAAGGGGAUGUACGCCUCAGCGAGAGGACACCCCAGCGGCUGACCUUCUCACUCAUUCUUUCCAUUUCAAUUCUUCCCAUAGUACGCCGUCAACCUUUACGAGCCCGCGGCCUUCGCUAUCGCGUUCUUUACGAAGUAAUCCAAAUCGAAAACCCAUAUUGACGAAUAGCAUGAAGACGAAUCGAAAUUUUGGCCUCCAAUCGCCCUCGCCACUGCGCAUUCGCGAUCUUGUCAGCAAAGGAAAUGGUUCGAGCCAUCGCGGAAAGCAACCCUCCACCCCCAUCUCCACGCCUUGCCUUUCUAUCGCGAUUGAGGGCCUUCGCACCCAUCCGGUGCGGAACUUCGAGGAGGCGAUGGCGGUUGUUUUUCGUGCGCUUUUAGAGCGAAAAAUGGCCUAUACGCGGCUGAAUAUCAACAGCAAUCGCGCCCACACGCUUUUUUUUAUCCACGUCGUGCGAAAAAACCCCUCGGGGGCGGGCGUCAAACACGCCAUUCUCACGUUGGUAGAUUUGGCAGGGUCGGAGCGGGUGAGCCAGACGGGGGCGGAGGGCAUUCGAUUGCGCGAGGCGCGUAAAAUCAACCUUUCGCUGCUCCUUCUCGGGAAUGUCAUUCGCUGUUUAAGUCAACAACAACAACAUCGGCCGCAUUUAUCCUCUUCUCGGCAAUCUUCUCUCUCACAGCUGGAGUAUAUUCCCUACCGGAGUAGUAAUCUCACGCGGCUUUUAAAAGACAGCUUUGGCGGGAAUGCGAUUACGUUUUUGUUGUGUACGAUUUCGCCCGACCCGGCGGAUCGUCCGGAGAGUUUAUCCACCCUUCACUUUGCAAGCCUCGCACGGCAUAUUCGAAACAGGCCGGUUUUAAAUACCACACAAGGCCAGGGGGCGGCCGAGGAGGUCGCCGAGGAGAAUGAGCGGCUACGCGCGCAAUUAAAAGAGGCUCAGGAGUAUAUCGCGUGGUUGAAAGCGCGAGCCAAUUCCAGUUUAGAACAUCACGGAUGGAAUCAGUUGGAUCUCACCCACCCUAAACUAAUUUUUUCACCCGCGGUUAACUCCAUUGAUAAUUCCAUUGAGCCUUGCCCCGAAAGGAUUAGCCAUCCAGAAUCCCAAGCCGCUUCGGAUAAUUUAGAGCGUGAUUCCUGCGCGAUGAAUCUUUUACAUUUCAUGGAUAAAGCGGCUUCCUAUGAAGGCAUCCAUAACAAAGAGUUUGAAAAAGGGGAAAUGAAAAUGGCCGAGAAGGUGGACUAUCCGAUGCAGGGUGUAUUGCCAACUCUAGGGGGGAUUGGAGCGGAUCGUUUGGUAGGCAAGAUUAAAGAAUGCACCUGCUCGUGUCUUGAAAAUGGUGCUGGGCGAUCCUUGUCAUUUUUUUCCCCUCAACGAGUCAAUUCUGCAGGUUUCAUAAAGGAAGAAGUUGUAACGAAUGAAGAUUUAGAAAAAGAAGCUGAUGGUGAAGAUACUAUGGCACACACAGAACAAACGAAAAUCAGUUCCGAAGAUAUUCUUGGAAUUCCCAAUAAUACCCUUCCGACCGCUUUCAUCGUUCAAAAUGUCUACGGCGUUUUGAGAUUUAUUCGAAGUUUAUAUUUUUUUGUCGAACGUAUUCCAUCCAUUACGCGGGCGUCCACUAAAACGAUAAACGCACAGAAUCGGUGUGAAUUGAAUGAAAAAACGCUUUCCAAGCCCUCUUCCCUAAGGUGUAAUAUUUCCAUGCCCAUCCACCGCUACGUUAUAUCUUCCAUCGCGCGGUAUUUCGAAGCUUCAAAUUACUCUUCGAAACCCCAAGGAUCAAAGAUCAUUUGUGAUAAUAAUAAUAACAAUAGUUCUCCUCAUGCGAGCGCGGACGAUUAUUUAGUCUCCGCGCUGAAUCAGUGCUUUGAAUUAAAGCUUCUGGGCUACAUGGAUGCGGAUAGACCGGUAUGGGGAAAUUAUCCCACGAGUUCGUUUAUUCAGAGUGAUUUCAAGGGGAUAAUAUUGGGUCACAAACAAGAUCAGCGAAUGUGGGUCAAGCAACUUUUCCAUGGUUUACAACUCGCCGCGGCGAUAACAACGAAUGGUAGGGAGAUCAUGCCGCUAUAA